AUGGGAUUCCACAUGUCUAAGUCUGAUAAUUCUCUGUUCGUUCUUCAUAAUAUAGGAGUAACUAUUUAUGUUCUAAUUUAUGUGGACGAUAUCAUUCUUACUGGCAGCAAUGAAGUACUCCUUCAGCAAGUAGUUACCUCUCUUUCAAAAACAUUUUCUCUCAAGUAUCUUGGUUUACUGCACUAUUUCUUAGGCAUUGAGGUACAUAGGGAUGAUGAUGGCCUGUUUCUUAGUCAAUCUAAAUAUAUACAAGAGGUGCUACAUGACACUAAGAUGCAAGAUUGCAAAGGCAUCCACUUACCAAUGAGUACAUCGGCACCACUAUUGGUAGAUGACGGAGCUCCCAAAACUGAUGGCACAGAGUAUAGAAGUGUACUUGGAAAGCUCCAGUACCUUUCACUUACCCGACCUGACAUCAUCUAUGCAGUAAACAAGCUUACUCAGUUCAAUACCUUUCCCUCUGUGGCUCACUGGCAAGCAGUUAAACGGCUACUUCGGUAUCUUAAAGAAACAUUCCUUUCAAUUCUUUCAACCGAUUUGGCAACUUUCAGCUAUACAAAGUUAGGUGAUAUUAAUGAUCGCCGCUCAAUAUCAGGUUACAUUAUCUUUCUCGGCAUAACACCAAUUUCUUGGUGCUCUCGUAAGCAACCGACUGUCUCUCGCUGCUCCACUGAAGCAGAAUAUAGGGCAGUUGCUUCUGCGUUGAACCCAGGAAACUCGGGGGUUAAGAUGGUGGUUCAAGGGACCAUAUAUGGUACAUCUCUCACUGAACUGUUGAGCUGCCGAUUUCCACUACUGCUCCAUCAAACUCUGGUACUGGCAAUCGCCGAUCACAGCCACGCUACUUGUACUGUAGCUGCUUCAGGCGCUGCUGUCGCUGUUUCUGCUGCUUCUAUUCCUACCCAUGAUUCACUGAUCAGAUUCUCUUAA